ACGUUUCGGCGCUAUUGAUAAUAGAAGAGUAUAUGUAUCGUGCCCAGUGUGUGGAGUCUCCGAAUUUCCACGCAGUCUUUCUCAGUCUCCAGUCGCAGUUACAUCGUUGAUGAACUCACAGGAUCUGCACGUUACGAAAAGCGAAGCAUUUCAAGAAGUAUUAUAAUGUGCCCAAGGAAAAAUACGCGUUCUGGAUCUCGUGUUACGGUACGGUGGAUAAAAAAUAUGCCUGAUAAAAUAGCUGAUAUUGUUAAAAUCAAAGUAGAAGACAAAUCAUCAUACCGAUGCGUGAUAUGCGGCAACAUAUAUCCGCGCCGUUUUAAUGCCGAACGUCAUUAUAAACGAUUUCACGAAACCACACAAGCGCGGAGAUGUUGUGAUGAAACAUUUUACACAAAAAGUGAUUAUUAUGAUCACAAAAAAAAUAUGCAUAAUGAAAGGAAAAGAUACGGAAGAGGAUGGAAAGAAGAAACUCAAUCUUCGGACUCUUCAACUGAAUGUAAUAUAAACAAACAUGGAGAUUGCGUAUUGGAUGUUACACCAAAAACUUCGAUUUCCGUCGGAAUUGUCAAAGAAAGAAUAUCUGAAAAAUGCGCGGAUACAAAUAGUGCUCAUCACGCGCAGGAUAAUGCUAAAGAUGCAGAAUCAAAUAACAAGGAAAAAUCUAAAAAUAAUAUGUGGCAUCCACGGCAAUCUGCCAAAUCACCAAAGAAGAUCUUUAUUUAUCGAAUGCAACAGGAGACUAAUGGAAGUCAGAACAGCGCACCAUUGCGAAGUAUUGAGAAUUUUACAGGGAAGUCUCUUAAUAAAACACACACAACAACGAAAAAAAACGCGUUUCAGAAUGCCGUAAAAGUGAGUUCGGAUGCUGAUAAGGAAAAUGUAAUAAUAUACGACUGUACAGCUACAUCGGUCCCAGAUCUAAUGCGUCUUAUGAGAAGCACUAUUGAUUUUUAAGUUUUAUAAUUAUUUUUUUAUAUGACCAUUUUAUACGACAUAUAUAAAAAUAUA